GUGGCACAUUGGAUGUAGGAAAAGCGGGCGUAUCUUUCCCGGCUGCAGAAGGUAGAGGUUAAACAAAAACUGUGGGAACGGGUCAGAGGAAAGAGGGGGCGGGAGGAAUGGGAAAGGGUACAGUAGAAAGGCAGGCAGGGUGUUUUCUUAACUUAAAGGAAGAGUUAAAUCAGAAGUCAAUAGCUUAUUGUGAGUUAUUAAAACGAUUGCCCACACCGCCGAGAACUGGGAAACCGAAAGUUAUCUAAUUAUAUAAGACAUAAACAAGAGAAGGAGACCUCGAUGUCGGGAAUAGGACACGGUCUGGAAUAGGUAAGUCAAAGUAUCCGCUUGCCACCAGCCCCCCUCAAUAUUCAAAUUGUAAACAACAAAUCUUUAAUGGUGUGUGUGGCAUACAUGUGCGUUAUAUCAAAGGAGAAGAGAUACUUUGUAUUCAACGUGUCGUACGCGCGUUCCAGGCAGCACGUUCAUGGCAAGAAAUCUGAGCGCACUCGUUCUACAGUCAGAGGUGAAGGAUGGAGGGAGAUACAGAGACAGCAGAGGAGAAGGAGGGUGAUGACACAGAGCUGUCUGAUGAGGAAGGGGUAGGGCAACUUCACCAGAGCGGAGGGUCCUCGGAUAAAGACCAGGACCUACCCAUCAUGCAGUGGGAGGACCUGAGCCUGCGUAUCGCCGAGCUAGAGAAACAGGAGGAGGAGAGGAGGGAGAGGGCAAAGAGUACGAGUGGGUCGGAACAGGGGAGUGUGUCAGGGGGCUGGGCGGAGGAGAGGCAGGGUAGGCUUCGGAGGAGAGAGGAAUGGGAGGAGGAGGACUAUGGAAGGUGUCGAGUUACUGUUUUCUCAUCUAGAUUCCACAAUCACAGAAAUCUACAGUUAUGCUACACCAACAACAGUGAGAGCGAGGAUGAUGAUACGGAGGAGGGGGCUGGCAAAGAGGGUUCUAAAGAGGCAGGUAGCCAUGGUUACCAUCCCUCUGGCCUGAAGCUGGAGGUGAGGGCCGCACUGAGUGCGCUUAAAAACAAGCUGCUCGCUGAACAGAAAGAGAAGGAGCACCUCGCCUGUGUGAUCACUAAGAGGAAGCAUCUGGAAUGCUGUGACCUGCAGAUCUGCUCAAUACAACAGCUCAGUUCCCUCAGGACCUCACUCAACCAUGACAUACACGACCUGAGCUCUGAGUUGGUGGGUCACCUGUUGAUAAGGGACCAGCUGAGGACCAAACAGGAUGCCAUGCUCCUGGAUGUACAGGAUCUGACAUAAUGUUGACCCACAGGUGCACAGGAUGUGACAUCACCACUGCCAUGGACAGGGUACCAGGACAGGAAGUCAUUGUGACCAAUAGUGGAUAAAGUGAUUUUGGCCCAGAUAUGCCACUAUGAGACUGUCAGAAGUAUUGCCAUUGUUGCCUACUCAACAUGAUUUUUCGUAAAGGAGAAAUGUUGAUUAUGAGCAACUGAUGAGCAACAUCUUGGACCGGUGUCAUAAUACAAUCCAUAUUUCUCAGACAGGGUAUGGAUAACUUUCUCUUCAUCAUCCCCACCUGAUCUUGACCAGCGUAAUAUUCAUCAUCAUUAGUGGAGAGAGUACUGUAUUAGGACCUGUUUUGACUUACGCAUGCACUUAACCAAAAAUAUUUAAUAUCACAAAGAGGGCUUUAAGCCAUUUGUGAUGUUGUUUGAAACAUCUCUAGUAAUAUCUGACUCGUAGUCUUUUGCCUGUGGUAAGAAAGUCCUAUUUAUCUUGGGGGUGUCAGAUGGAGAACCUUCACAGCCAUAUUGUAACCCAACAUUCAAUGAGUUAUAUCAUUUACAUAUAUGAGGGAUACCGCUUUGCAUAAGUUUUAUUGUGUAAGCAUUGCAAUAUCCUUGAUUUACUAAUUUAAGGGAAUUGUCCACUUAUAGCCUGUAUAAAACAAGCUAAGGAGUUACAUAUUCAGGCUAAAGCGAACUGUCCUGUAACAAUUUGGUAGAGAAGUUUCUUUGUUGCUAAUUAUCCUCUAUUAUGUAUAAUAUAAGCCUCAUGUAGUUGUUGAUGUAAGGGAAUUGUCCGCAUAGUGCCAAUAAGCCUGUGGGUAUUGCCAUUAUGUAUUUUAUGAUAUACCUGGUUUGCAGCCAUAACUAUAACUACCACCAGCAUAGGAAACUACAAAGCUGCAAUUGGUCGAUUGACUCCAUGCCAGCAUAGCCCGAAAAUAUUUUGUGUUUCUCAGAUUGUUCUGGCAAUUCUCACAUAGAAACCUCAUUGGGAUGAAGGAUGUUUGAUGUGCUUUUUACAUUUGUAACACAAAUCAUAUUUUUAAAAUGUAUCAUGAUGGAAGUGGCAAUUUUAGGCCCUUUUUAAUCUUAUGCAUGACAACACCUUGGUGUCAUUAUACCCCUAAUAGCUCUAAAAUAUGGACUGUCAUUACAUUCUGAAAUACAAUUUUACACAUUAAUUUAUUCAAGAUUAAAUCUAUUAAUAUUAUCUCAAAAGUACCCUUUUUGAUUUUGUUCAGUUUUAGACAUUGUUCAAAACAAUCUAUUUUACUAGUACAUCACAUUUCCAGAGUGGGCUCUGUUACUUUUAAAGUUAUGAUUCAAAGGGAACUCCUUCUGCUGGUGAUUUGCUGAAUGUGCAAUCCUACAGUAGGGCUGUGAUUGGUUAAUUACCUAUAAUGUAUACUUUGUAUUCUGAACAAUAAUAUAAAUGCAAUAUGUAAAGGUUUGGUCCCAUGUUUCAUCAGCUGAAAUAAAUUAUCCCAGAAAUGUUCCAUACGCACAAAAAGCUUAAUUAUCUCAAAUUCUGUGCACAAAUUUGUUUACAAUCCUGUUAGUGAGCGUUUAUCCUUUGCCAAUAUAAUCCAUCCACCUGACAGGUGUGGCAUAUCAAGAAGCAUAUUAAACAACAUGAACAUUACACAGGUGAACCUUGUGCUGGGGACAAUAAAAGGCUACCCUAAAAUGUGCAGUUUUGUCACACAACACAAUGCCACAGAUGUCUCAAGUUUUGAGGGAUUGCAGGAAUUUCCACUAGGACCUCCACAUCUGGCUUCUUUACCUGCGGGAUCGUCUGAGGGUGGGAUUGCUGAGCAGUAUUUCUGUCUGUAAUAAAGCCCUUUGUGGAGGGAAACUUAUUCUGAUUGGCUGGGCCUGGCUCCCAAGUGGGUGGACCUAUGCCCUCCCAUUUAUUUAAAUUGACUGAAUUCCUUAUAUGAAAUGUAACUCAGUAAAAUAAUUGAAAUUGUUGCAUAUUGCGUUUAUAUUUUUGUUCAUUAUAUAACAUUUAUCAUUUAUUCAAAAGUGGUAGAGAGCCCACUCUGGGAAUGUGAUGUUUGAAAAGUAUAUUCUUCCAAACAAUGUGUCUAAAAAUAAGCAAAACCAAAAAGGGUACUUUUGAGAUAUUAAUAAUGAAUAUAAUAUCUUACCUGGUUUUCUGGUGCUAUGAAAGAUUGUAAUUUGUCUGCCAUUUUAAAAUAUACCAGCCUGUUUCUUCCCUCUUGUAUAUGUCCUGCUAUCACAGUUCAUUGUUUCAUCAUGCUACAAAUACACACGAUUAUUGGAAGUACCACAUAUAAUAAUUGCUAGUUGAGAAACAAGAGGUAAUAAGGCCAGGAUAUUUUCCUGACCAUGUGACCUCACCAGGGACAAACACCCGGCUCAAGUUACUGGCCCAGAGUCUUUCCUCUUCAAGUCACAUGAUCAGGAAAAACUCCUGGCCUUAUUACCUCUUGUGUCUUAACUAGCAAUUAUUAUAUGUGGUACUUCCAAUAAUCGUGUGUAUUUGUAGUAUGACGAAACAAUGAACUGUUUUAGCAGAUUCAAGGCCAUGGGAAAGGGGUGAAUGCUAUGAAGUAACAUUGAACUUUUGAAUCUCUGAAAUAUUAUUCCUUAUUAACUUUUUUUUAAAUGUAUAAUUUUGCAUUCAAUAAACCUUGUAAGGUUAUUCAAUGUUG